AUGGCAUUGCGUCGUAGCGUGGGCGCAAACGUGGAUAUGGGCGCACUUGUGUGCGACUAUCGGGGAAGCAACACCGAACACGCUGCCGCAUUUCACGUCUUUGUAAUUUCUCGUGCUGCAAUUGCGUCGGUGAAAGGCUUUUGCUUGUUUUUCAUCACUAUCGUUGUCUGCAGCAUUGUAACGGUCUCAGAUAACCUAGAUGCCCAGGCUUCCUUGCGAAUUCCGACCGCAUUCGCGCUCGCACGCACAUUCGACCCGACAGCUGGCAGGCAGGCUCCCUUGUCGUCAUCUUUCGUCGGUAGUCGCGGUAAUCACAGGCAGUACUCAACCUCACUCACGAAAUACAAGGAAAACAUGAACAGCCAAGCCCAGCAACAGAGCUCCCACCGGCCCAACGACCUCCGCCAGCGGGGUCCCGGCGCAGGCCUGGGCUCGGCCUCGUCAUCAUGGCGACCAACAAGCAUCCUGCUCCGCGCCCGGACCGCCGCCAUGACGCCGGCCGCCGGAGCAGCCACCUCUUCUGGCCUCUCUGACCGCAUGCGCGCGUACCUGCGCAGCAGCGACGACGCCAUGGUCGGCCACCUGGCCGUGCACCCGCGCGCCGUGGCGGCCAUGUACUCGCGGCAGCGGCUCGCGGCGGUGCAGCUGGCCGUCGACGGCGCGUGGGCGACGACGACGGCGGCGGCGGCGGCGGCGUCGUGCCGCCCGCGCAAGAAUCCGUUUCUCAACAGUAACAACGGCAACAGUAUUAGCAACAGCAACAGCAACAGCAACAGCAGCAACAACAGUGAUGAUCAUGCUGUCGCGCAAAACGCCCAGGACAAAAGACCAGCUGCUGCUGCUGCUGCUGCUGUCGGGUUUGCGUUUGCAGGCGGCUGGGAGGAGGAGGAGGAGGACGACGACGACGACGACUGCGUCAUGCGCGACAUUGGCGAGGUCGGCGCGCAGUUCUGUUAUGAUGCUGAUGCUGAUGCAGAUGAUGAUAUUAGUGAUAUCGCCGCUGCUGCUGCCGGCUGCGGCCGCGAUGCUGUCGUGGAGGGCAUGCGUGCGGCGCUGGCGGCGCUGGAGAUGUGA